UGCAAUGACAUUUUUAUAUUUAUAAGGUGAAAAAUAGUCUUCAGUCUCAUGAUAUUUACAAUACAAUAUAUACAGAAUAUGAGUUCAGGUCAACUUUUUAUUUGAAAAUCUGGAUCUUUUGGUGUAAUGAGGUAAUAUGUUUACUCUACUUUAGGUGUAUAAGACCUUAUGGUGUAUGUUUAAGGUGGCAAGUAUCAUUUUAUAUUAGUUUGCCCGAACUUUGACGCAAUAGCUCACAUGACUUGUAAGCAAAAAUAGUAACACAGUUAUUGUCUGACUCUGCUCUGCUAAGCUAUAUAGUGUCUUUCAGCUAAUUAUUUAGUUUUUAAUUUUCUUUGGAUGAUACUUUACUGUUUUGUUUUUCAGGGGAAAAGCUCUCAUCGUGGGUUGAAGCACAGACACAGUUAGCGACUAACUCGUGAACACAGUGCAGCAUUUAGCAGCUAAAGAGACAGAUAUUUCCUUGGAUACCAAAAACACAGCAGGUGACCACAAGAAUGACUCAAAUGAAUGAUUGCUGGUGUGCUGGAUGUGUAACUGUCAUGAUCUGGAGUUUGUGUCUAGUUUUGUGUUGUUUAGAAGUCCUUGUGUCGUCUGUCUCCCUGUGGUUGUCUGCCCUGGCCCUGAUUGUUUCCUUCUGUGUGAUUGCUGGUCCCGCCCUCAUUGUGUUCACCUGUGUCUCAUUCCCCGUUGUCCAAUCACCUCCGCCUGCCUGUGUAUGUAAACUCUGUUCGUCUCAUUCCCAGUGUGGCUUCGUACUGUUUGGUCUGCGUUUUUAUCGUUCCUGUCUGGUCUGGUCUGUGAUUUUUGGAAUUAAAUAUUGGUUUGUGCAGUAAUGUCGGCAUUUGGGUCCUGCUUUUUGAGUCGUGACAGAACAAAGCCACCCAUAAUGGACCCAGCCUUCAGUUUCCGCUGCACGGUUCCUGCCUGGACAGCUAACUCUCAUGUUCUUCUCGAGGAUGUGGGAGUCCCUCCGGGCCCUGCAGUCAAUGUUGGUGGUUCCUGUCCCCGAUGUUCGAGUCCCCGGUGUGCCGUCGCCGGUUCCAGUCCCCGAUGUUCCGGCUCUAGACCCCGAGGUUCCAGUCCCCGGUGUUCCGUCACCGGCUCCUGUCCCCGGUGUUCUGCCGCCGGCUCCAGCCCCCGAUGUUCCAGUCCCCGGAGUUCCAUCUCCGGUUCCAGUCCCCGGUGUUCCGUCGCCGGUUCCAGCCCCCGAUGUUCCAGUCCCCGGAGUUCCAUCACCGGUUCCAGUCAACGAUGUUCCGGCUCCAGCCCCCGGUGUUCCGUCGCCGGUUCCAGCCCCCGAUGUUCCGGUUCCAGUCCCCGGUGUUCCGUCGCCGGUUCCAGCCCCCGAUGUUCCGGUUCCAGUCCCCGGUGUUCCGUCACCGGCUCCUGUCCCCGAUGUUCUAGUCCCCGGAGUUCCAUCACCGGUUCCAGUCCACGAUGUUCCGUCACCGGCUCCUGUCCACGGUGUUCCGCCGCUGGCUCCAGCCCCCGAUGUUCCAGUCCCUGGAGUUCCAUCACCGUUUCCAGUCCACGAUGUUCCGGUUCCAGUCCCCGGAGUUCCAUCACCGGUUCCAGUCCCCGGUGUUCCGCCUCCGUCCUGCCCGGCCCCGGUUCUCUCCUUCCCGCCUCCGUCCCGUCCAGCCCCGGUUCCCCGUGAGCCGUCCCGUCCAGCCCCGGUUCCCCUUGACCCGUCCAGUUACUGUCAUGAUCUGGAGUUUGUGUCUCGUUUUGUGUCUUGUUUUGAAGUCCUUGUGUCGUCUGUCUCCCUGUGAUUGUCUGCCCUGGCCCUGAUUGUUUCCUUCUGUGUGAUUGCUGGCCCCGCCCUCAGUGUUCACCUGUUCCCCGUUGUCCAAUCACCUCCGCCUGCCUGUGUAUGUAAACCCUGUUCGUCUCAUUCCCAGUGUGGCUUCGUACUGUUUGGUCUGCGUUUUUGUCGUUCCUGUCUGGUCUGUGAUUUUUGGAAUUAAAUAUUAGUUUGUGCAAUAAUGUCG